AUGUUUCAGUUUGAUAAAUUCAUUAACAAUUGGACACUGAGACUGCUGGUGAUUUCUGUGCUGGUGGUUCUAGCAUCAGUGUGGUAUACGUACUUUAAUUCGGAGAUGACAGACGAGGAUGUAAUAAAAGAUAACGAACAAUUCAUAUCUCCUGAUGAUGCAAAGGACAGGAGUAAUAUAUCUUCAGAUUUAGAGCAGCUAAAAUUAAGAUUAGGUCAGCUACAAGAAAAUCUAACAUUGAUUGACACUGAUCGUGAAUCAAUGUCUAAAACAAUAGAAAACCUGCAGUCUUACUCAUCGAAAACUGAUGCCAAUAUAAUGAGUAAUAAUAAAACAAUUAAAGAAAUCAAGGAAAAUGUUAAGGAAUUGAAUGAUGCCUUAGAUAAAAUGAAAAAUGAUAUGGCGAUAAAAUUAGAAAACAGUGAUAAAAGAAUAAUUUCACUGGAGGCAGAUCUUCAUAAGUGUAAUUCAAGUCUUCAGACUCUUAAGGAUAAAAAUGCACAGAACUUUUCCACGUUAGAAAACAAAUUAAACAUUCUUUCCCAAAAACAAGCAGACAUUGAACGAAAGAAUAAAGAGCUAAAGAAAAAAAUGCUGAAAACUGAGAAAGAGAUAAAAGAACAAGGACAGACAGGUGCUCGUCUUGAAAAGUCAAGUGAAGAGAACAUCAACUAUAUGAAAAAAGUGGAAAUCACGUCAUACUGGGUGGAUAUCAUUUUGGUGUUAAUAAUUCUUAUUUUGCUGAUCACGAUCACCACUAUGACAAAAGGAAGCAAUAAUAGAAACACAGGUGUUGGUUUUGCGCCUGAUAAAGGCGAGGUCAUCCAAUUAGAAAAGAAACCAGCUGUGGUCAGCUUUAAUCCGUUUUCAUCUGAAGCCCACAAGAGACUGGCAGAUCUCUUUCUUGAUGAUUACCAUUACAUCAUCGUACACAGUUCUCAAGACAUAUCAAAUAUCCAAUCAAAGGUAGAAGCAUAG